GUCUGCGACACACUCGUUGGGUCCAAAAUGUCUAGGUCUAAUUCAAAUUCAGAACUUACUCAAUUUUAAUGGGAGAGUCACGACUGAAGUCAUUUAACGUGGGUGUAUUUCCGAAGUGUGUUUGUUGUCUUGUGAACAAACUCCUCAGCUGUGUGUGAACGAAUGGCACAGUGCCACUGAUGAGAAGAGGAAAACAGUGCGGAGGAUUUCAAGCUAACUACUAUGGUUGAAAUACCGGUAAACUUUAUUCAUCUAUAAACUGUAGUUAGAGUUUAUGUUUGUGGGAUUUAAGUUAUCCUUAACUGCGAAUAGCAGCACCUUCGAUGGAAACGACGUGUAAUAAACACACUUUAUAGUUUAUACUAUACAUCUUUAACCACAGUGUGUUUUCAUCACUGUUAACAGUUACCCCUGCUAACGUUAGUUAGCCAGUAAGUAGAUGCAGCCGGACUAUCAUUAGCUAACGUUAGUUAGCCAGUAAGUAGAUGCAGCCGGACUAUCAUUAGCUAACGUUACUUUCUUCUGUGAAGAACAUCACGUCGAAGGCAGACCAUGGACGUAAUGGAGUGAAGCUAUCCUAAGAGCAAGGAUGCCACCCAAGAGAUUAAAAAGUGCAAGAAGCAGUGCUGGCAUUAAGGGGAAAAGUAAAGGCAAAACGAUUCAGUCAACUGCACAAGUGGAAACGCUUGGUCAUCCAGAUGAUAUUUUCCCCAUGGUCCUGACAUCAGCCACCCAGGAGCUCUUUGGUUGCCGCACUGAUGAGGACGUCACAAGGGAGAGCCCUUACAAGCUGCUGAAAAAAGACGACAUCAUACAGGACAUUAAGACAAGAGCUGCAGUGUCCGAUUUCAGCCCCGUGAAGCAGAUUGUGCUGGACUACCCAGAGGAUGAGCUCUUGCUGGUUUUUGACAGGGACUUCACUUAUGACCAGUGCUUCUACCUGGUUCUGACGUCAGAAGCGAAGGACAGAAUCUUCAAUGUAAUGUUAGAGCCCCCACAGCCGAAGACACCAGAAGUGUUUGAGAGGGAAGUCAAUAAAACCCCAGAACCAAAGCCAUGGAUAUCUCUUGGCAGUGAGCUGGAAAUAGAUGAAGAAUCUUUCAAAGAGACCAGAGAAAAGCUGUGGUACAAGUUCUCCAGAGUGCGGAGGAAGUUUGGGGCACCGGUCUGUUUUUCGGACCGCAACAUUGCAGAUGCUAAGGAUGACUACCAACAUUGUGCUUCCUACCAAGACAGCAGAUUCAGCAUCAAACAGAUGCAGAGGGACUGUGGGAUGCAGGCUGUUCCCAGACUGCAGAGCAGCAGUGCUCAGACACAGUGGAAGUUUCAAAGGAAUGUCUUUACCCAGUACACGCCAAGAGAGUUAAGUGAUGAAGAAAAAGAGACCAUCCUCCAGUCUGAGAGUCUAAAGAAUUUUUGCAUCUCAGUGACCCCCAGGGUUUUACAAGCCCUUCAGCAGGAGGAAAUCAUGAAUGUGUUCUGUGACGACUGGAAGGCUCUGGGGCCAGCAGCUGAGGAUGGUGACUGGUCUGGGAAGGUUUCCGAAGGUUUGAUGCUUUAUCAGGCCUUCACAGACCAGAAGUACACUAAGGACAAGAUCAUCAGCAGCAUUAAUUGGCACCCUAACAUCUACGGUGUGAUAGCUGUGGCUUUGACACAUACAAAGGAGAAGCGGUUGAAUGAGUCCUCAACGUUUGUCGUCGGAGCGUCUCACAUCGUCUUCUAUAGCUUCUCCGAUCCCUCUAAUCCCCAGUUGCUGCUGGAGUGCCCAGAUGACAUUUUUGCCUUUGAGUUUUGCCCUUCUGAUCCAAAUAUUAUCGUUGGCGGCUGCAUGAAUGGCCAGGUCGUGUUGUGGGACAUUUCUGCUCACGUCACCCACUUACAGGGAGCACAGCCUGGUAAAGAUGCAUCUGUCAACACCGACACAUUCGACCUCGAUGACAACAAAGAGAAUAAGACUCCUGCCGUGCGCUACUGUGCUGUGUCUGCAUUAGAGAGCAGCCACAAAGCACCAAUUACUGAUGUCCAGUGGCUGCCACCAACAUUUGAGGUGACCAGGGCGGGCUUACCAGUGGAGAACAAGUACAACAUUUCUACUCAGGUUGUCACCUGCUCCCCUGACUGUGCUAUAAUGUUCUGGGAUGUGCGAGUGACAAAACCGUUGAGCCAGUCAGCGUCAGACAGGAAGCAGAAUGCGGAUCAGAAGACACCCCACAGUGUCCCCGACACUUUCAAACAUCUGGACCGGACAUGGAAACCUCUGUUCAGGGUUUCCCUGCCAAAGAUCGAUACCAGUGGAGAAUACGCUCCUCUAAAGUUCAGCCUGGAACACUACACCUGUAAUGGUAAUAAUACAGGCAGGACCAAAGAGGAAGCUAAUGAAAAUGAUGAUGGAUCAGAGGUCAUCCCAGACUACAGCCGGCUCAGAGUGCCCUCAGCUAAGACACUCACGACUCUGGAAGAUGUCAAUACCAGGCUCUAUAUUGGAACAGAGGAUGGGGAGAUUGUUUACACUGACUGGAAACUGGCGAAGGACGACUCUGGAAGGCUGCAAAGUGCCAAGCCCCUCCACUGUUUUAGCAUCCAUCACUGGCUGGUGAAUACGGUACAGAGGUCGCCCUUCUUCAAAGACAUUAUUUUGACAACGGGAAGCUGGAACUUUGCCAUCUGGAAGGAGGGAGUCAUGGAUGGCCCCAUCAUCAUGUCACCAAGCUCUGAGCAGGUGUGCACUGUGGGAUGCUGGUCGCUGUCCCGGCCAGCUGUUUUCUUCAUUGGGAAAGAGGAUGGCAGCAUCGAGGUGUGGAACCUGCUGGAAAAGAGCAGUGAACCUGUGCAGGUCAACGCACACGUCACCAAUGCCAAGAUUACCUGCAUCAAACCCUGGACUGCCUCCUCCAAGCAGCACUUCCUGGCUGUGACUGAUGACCUUGGGAUGGUUCGUGUUUUCGAAAUCCCGAAGACACUCUACGUUCCCUCCAGGAGUGAGAGUUUGACAGUGAAGAAAUACUUUGAGCUGGAGGAGGACAGGUUGAAGGAUCUUUUGAAGAGGAGUGAACUGUGGGCAAAACAGAAGAAGGAAGCUGAAGAACUAAACAAGAGGACGGAAUCUAACAAGCCAGUCGAAACCCUGUCGGAGAAUGAAGAGCAGAACUUGAAGGCGCACGAUGAUUACGUGAUGCUGGAGGAAAGCAUCCUGAAGGGCUUGGGCCUGUGGCCAGCUACUGCUGACACACAAGAUACCUGAUAUCACACACAUAUCUGCUCAAAUUGCAUUUUAUAUAAAACAGUUUUAUCAUAUUAACUGUUUAAAAAUAUAUAUAAAAACGCUAUAUUUUGACAUUUUUCAUUUGAAUAAACUUGUUUGUAUCUUU